AUGUCGAGCCGCUACGGCGCACCGCCAACGCGCAACGGCAACGACUACGGCAACGACUACGGCAACGACUAUGGCAACGACUACGGCAACGACUACGGCAACGACUACGGCAACGGCUACGGCGGCCAAGGCAGGGGGGGUGACGAAUACGACCCGUACGGAGAUGGGUACGGCAACGAACGAUACGGAGGGCGGCCGGCGGCAGCACCAUCCAGGAGCGUGCCCCGCAUGACGACGUCGCGAACGCGAACGCAGGAGUCGAGUGCCGAAAGGCAGAUCGCUCAGGUGCUGAACCACAUCCGGUCCGAGUGGCCGUCGUUGUGCGAAAACAACAGCGUGCCCGUCCAGCUGGCCCUGCAGCUUCUCGACUCCAGCUCCGUCGGCCGCGCGCAUGACUACGGCAGGUUCCAGGACACGCACCGGUACCUGCAGGACUCGCUCAAGAACAUCGUGCACGAGCACCAUCAAGGCUUCAACAGCUCCAUCGGCACCUUUCACAAGAUCCAGGGCAGCAUACAGGCCUCGCAGAAGCGCGUCCGCGCGCUCAAGAAGUCGCUCGGCAGCGCCAAGACGAGCCUCUGCACCACGGAUCCGGACCUCAAGAAGCUGUCGCAGACGUCGCAGAGCUACGACGAGCUGCUGCAGAGCCUCAACGAGCUGGACGAGCUGCGUGCCGUGCCGGACCAGCUCGAGGCCCGGAUAUCGGAGAAGCGCUUCCUGACGGCCGUCGAGGUGCUGCAGAACGCGAUGCGAAGGCUGAGACGUCCCGAGCUCGACGACAUCGGAGCCCUCAACGACCUGAGGAACUACCUCGCGAACCAAGAGACGGUGCUGAUGGAUAUCUUGGUCGAGGAGCUUCACGAGCACCUCUAUCUCAAGUCUCCCUACUGCCAGGACCGGUGGCAGAGUCUCGCCAAGAGCCAGGGUGCCAACGCCGACGGCUACGGAGAUUCUAGCUCCAUACUGCCCUUUCACAUCGUCCUCGAGACCAUCGACGUCGAAAAGUCCGUUUCCGAGGACCCGACGAGAAACCCAGAGUCGGACACGUUCUGCUACGUCGGCUUGCUCGUCGAGGCCUUGAACAAGCUGGGCAAGCUCCAGAACGCCGUCGAGACGCUCAAGCAGCGUCUCCCGGUCGAGCUCUUCGGCAUCGUCAACGAGACCAUCAACGAGGUUGACCAGAGACACCCGAGCUCGCUCAGGGGAGGUGCCGGCAAGGCGGAAGGCCUCCUCCUGUACGGAACCCGGCAGACGCAGAUGAAGGCCGACGUCAUCUACGACCUGCUGUGGACCUUGUACGGCAAGUUCGAGGCCAUCGGCGAGGGCCACCGAAUGUUCCACGAAGCCAUCAAGGCCCUCAUCCGACGCGAGGGCGCCGGCAACAACAGCGCGCUGCUCGGCAGCUUCAAGGAGCUGUGGCACCUGUACCAGAACGAGAUCCGAUCCCUGCUGCACAACUACGUCACGACCGACGCCGACGUGUAUCAGUUCGACUCGCCGCACAUGGGCGGCAACGCGGCCGGAGGCAAGGACUCGACGCGUGAGAACCUGUUCAAGUUUUCCCAGGCCGACGUCAAGUCGGUCGACAUCGUGACCGAGUACGAUGCGCUCGAAGGCAUCAUCCAAGCCACCGUGCCCGGACUCACCGGAAGCUCCCGGAAACCGGUGGCGGCGGCGGCGGCGGUGGCGAAGAAGAACCGAGCGAUGGAGGAGAGCGGCGGCGGCGGCCGGCGCGAAACGGGGCAGGUCUUCGGGUCCGGCAAGCAGACGAACGGGUCGCACAAGUCGCUCGUCGAGCCGAGCGUCUUCAACAUGAGCCUCCUGCUGCCGCCGACGCUCAUCUUCUUGCAAAGGCUCCGAACCAUCGUGCCGCCGGGCUCCGAUCUCGCCUCGAGCGCGCUCACCACCUUCCUCGACAACUUCCUCGUCAACGUCUUCCAGCCGCAGCUGGACGAGACGCUCGACAAGCUGAGCGACGCCGUCUUCGGCGAGUCGGAUUGCUUCCUGCAGGACCCCGCGUGGAACCAGUCCUCGUCGCGACCCAUCUUCAAGGGCGCCGCCGCCUUCUUCGGCGUCGUGACGGCAUUCUGCCGCAUGCUCGGCACGAUCCCGCCCGACCAAGCGCUGAGCUCCCUCAUCGUCAACCAGAUGAUGCGGUACCACGAUCACUGCCUCGGCUGGUACAGAUCGCUGGUCACGAAGACGCACGGCAACGCCGAGGACGCGAGCAACCUGCGGGCGUCGGCCCGCUUCGCCGUCCAGCCGAGCGAGCUGCACGAAACGAUGACGAGGCUCUGGACGGCCGACGAGCUCGACGGCGACCUGCUCGAGAAGGAGGUUCACCUGCUCAUGGAGCAGACGGACGAGGUGAAGCUGGAAAUGAACGACAUCAUCCAGGACAGGGACACCAUCUCGUCACUGUGCCUGCUCUACACGAGCAUGAAGUGGCUGGCGGCGAAGAUUGUCGGCUUGAGGCACAUAACGACGCAGAAGACGGACUCGUCGUCGCGGCAGACUCUUCCGCGACAGGCGAACCGACGGUGGGCGCUCAUGAACGACCCGAACAAGGCCGCGUCCGACCAAGGCCCCGUCCACCUGCCGCUGACGCACGAGACGGUCCAGGCUUUCGACAAGAUCGUGGCGUCGUACGAGGAGCUCGCGGGCCUGGCGCUGCUGACGCUGCACGGCGAGGUUCGAUGCCGCAUCGUCUACUCGCUUCGCAUGGCCUUGUCGCCCGAGCUGGCGCCGUACCUCCUCGACCAGGAGGUGCGGGAGCCGGACCCGCAGAUCCUGAGCCUCAACCUCGAGCUCGUCCUGUUCGACGAGACCAUCGUGCGCUUCCUGCGCAGCAAGGAGAUUGCCUUUGUCCGGACGGGCCUCGGCCUGCUCAUCAACUGCUACCUCGUCGGCAACGGCAGCCUGGCGUCGCCGAUGAACGAGAAGGGCUGCGGCCGGAUGCAGCUCAACAUUCUCGUGCUGCAGCAGAAUCUCAAGAACGUCGAGGAAGGCGUGGACCUCGCGCGCGCGGCAAACUACUUUGCCCUGUUCGAGAAGGGCCCGGACGCCAUCGUGCAGAAGGCCAAGGACGACAUGGAGGAGGACGAGGAGGGAGCGGCCAAGGAGAUCCCGGGCCACGACAAGUUUUCGUACGAUGAGCUCAAGGCCUUGGUGGAGCUCUGCUACAGCGAGCAGCUGGCCAACCCGGAGAGGGGAAUCGCGUCGGCGGCGAAGAGGAGGAUGGAGGACAAGCUUCUGGGGCUCAGCGAGCACAUGUGGCAGACGUGA